AUGUUUGUUGACGAAGCAGACGCAGCCGAACUGAAGAGCUGGGUCGUCAAGCGCCUGGAGGACAUCUCGGACGCAGACUCCGACGUGCUUGCGGACUACGUGCUCGCGCUCGUCAGGUCUGAUGACCCAGACGACCAGGUUAAGAGCAACUGUUUGGAAAAUCUCGAGGACUUCCUCAAGGAGCAUACCGCGACCUUCGUGGACGAUGUCUUCCAAGCCAUCCGAACGCGGGCGUAUCUACCCGGCUAUACUGCGCCUCAACCCGCACGACCUACUGGGCCAUCAUUCAACCCUCCAGCUGGGCCGGCGGCGGCAACAAACAGGAGACAGGGCCCUCAGACAUUCCAGAAUGGCACAUUUGCGCAAGCGGGCGAUCAGUCACGCAAGCGAUCAUUCAAUGACCGUGAAGGGAGCGAACCGCGAGAUGGAAGGGACUCACAUUAUGGGCGUGGUGGAGAGAGGUCGGUACAGAAGAUGCGACGAGGCAACAACAGAGGCAUCGUGCCUGAAACGCCAAGAGGACCACGGGCGACCCAACCGCAGGGUCAAGUAGGCGGCCUGCUAGGUUUGCCUGGCCUUGGAGGUCCAGCGAUGCAACGUGCGCCCGCCAUGCCUCAAAUGCCUACACCGCCGCCAGGCUUCCCUCCGCUCGACCCGAACAAUCCGCUCGCGGCUAUUCUAGCCAUGCAGGCACUGGGGUUUCCAUCUAUACCUGGCUUUCCACCUCUACCUACAGCAGGCUCGCCAACGAACACCUUCUCUCAGCCCGGCUCACAAGCGCCUCCGGCACGCGAUGCUGCGCCAAUGAGGCAACCCGGGAGACGGUGUCAAGACUACGACACCAAAGGCUUCUGCGCGCUCGGCGGCAGCUGCCCCUACGAGCACGGAACAAACCACAUCGUGGUCUCCAGCCAGUCCGACGAGUAUGACCCGACAAAGUCGGCGCGCAUCAUGGACGACGUCCAGAAACCGACAAACGGCUACGCCGAGAGCAACCGAGGAGGCAGCGACCGCGGUCGUGGACAACGAGGGCGAGGCCAACGUGGCGACAGAGCCGGCUUCCAGGGCCGCGGCGGCCGCGCCGCUUUCUCGCAAGCCGGGCCCAACAACGACCGCUCCAACACCUCCAUUGUCGUCGAGCAGAUUCCGGAAGACAAGUUUGACGAGCAGGCGGUGCGCGACUACUUCUCAGAGUUUGGGAACAUCGUGGACGUCAAUAUGCAGGCUUACAAGCGGCUCGCGGUGGUCAAAUAUGACGACUACUGGGCGGCGCGGCACGCGUACGAGAGCCCCAAGGUCAUCUUCGACAACAGAUUCGUAAAGGUGUACUGGUACAAGCCUGACGCCGUGCCGAAACCGCCAGAAAACGGCACCUCUGCCGGCCACGAGGGCAACGUCGCAACGAACCAGGCCGAGAAACAGGACGAGGAGAUGAUCGACCCGGCCGAGUUCGAGCGGAAGCAGGCAGAGGCGCAGAAGGCCCACGAAGAGAAGAUGAAGAAACUAGCAGAGGCAGAAAGCCAGCGGGAAGAGCUGGAGCGGAAACUGAAGAAGCAGGCCGAGGAGCGGAAGAAGCUGCUGGAGCAGCUGGCCGCGAAGCAGGGCGCGAGAGCCACGGCAGCGUCAGCAUCACCAGCAGUUGCAGCAGCGAGCCCUGUAUCCGCCAAGUUGGAGCCUCCCACGAACGGCACGGCCGAGCCCGCCCCAAAACCCUCGCAGACUGAGGCGCUGAAAGCUAAGCUCGCGGAGCUGGAGGCGGAGGCUCAGGCUAUGGGCAUCGACCCCGAGGAGCCGUACGCGGGGUAUCCCGGCAGAGGCAGGGGGCGGGGCGGGUACAGGGGCCGCGCGGGUUUCGUGCCUCGAGGCCGCGGCUUUGAUCCCUAUCGCGGCUCGUACCGCGGGCGGGGAAGCUAUGCUGGCGGGCCGAGAGGCGGUGCCGUCAAGAGGCUGGACAAUCGGCCCAAAAGGGUUGCGGUUGCGGAUGUGGAGGUGGGGAGUGAGAGGGAUGAGGCGUUGAGGCAGUAUCUUUUCAACCACUACGACGUCGACUCCAUAACCCCCCACCCCGACCACCCCGCCACGCUUGUCGUCGCCUUCAAGGAACGCUAUCUCGCCGAGGACUUCGUCACUAAUACUACCUCCAUCCCUAAGAUCGGGAAGCCGGACCUCUCGUGGGUGCCGAAUCCGCCUCUUCCGCCUGUCAGCUCUUCGACGCUCAACGCUGCGGCCGCCGCUUUUACGCCACAGUCGAACGACCAGGAUGUUGCGAUGGGCGAGGGCGCGAAUGGGAAUCAGGGCGGGGGUGGGGACGUGGAUUACGAUGUUGCAGAUGAUGAGGACCGGUGGAUGGCGGUGGGGUGA